AGUCAAAACUUAUUGAAAAGUUGUGUUGAACUCUAGCGUAGUGAACGAACAAAUAAAUUUCAAAGUAAAUACAGAAAUAUUGAAAGUAUACUUUAAUAUAUUUUGGAGCAUUUAGUUAAGGAAAACUUUUAACAAACAUAUAGUGAUUUCUUUAUUAUUCAAAAUUUCCGAAUUAUAUACAUAUAUAAAAAAAUAUGGAUCUUCCCAAUUAUAAUAAUUUUGAUGGGGGAAAAAUUACAAGGAUGGAAGUAGAUUAUACAUCGGCUUGUGAUGAAAAAAUUCCAAUUGCAAAAGAUUUAGCAAAAUCGCAUACAGAUAAAUUUCACGAAGCGAUUGAUACGUUACUGCAAUUGGAAAAACAGACGAGAUUAGGCGGGGACAUGAUAUCUUGUUCAAGAGUUCUUAUUGCAAUCGUUCAAAUAUGUUUUGAAGCUGGGAACUGGAACGCGUUAAAUGAAUACAUUGUUUUAUUGGUAAAAAGAAGAUCUCAGUUAAAACAAGCAGUGAGCAAAAUGAUACAAGAAUGUUGUUCUUAUGUUGAUAAAAUAAGCGAUAAAGAAACAAAAUUAAAACUAAUUGAUACUCUAAGAACUGUAACUGAAGGAAAAAUAUAUGUCGAAGUCGAAAGAGCUCGUUUAACUAAAGUUUUAGCUGAAAUCAAAGAAGCUGAUGGAGAUAUUGCGGAAGCAGCUUCAAUAAUGGAAGACUUACAAGUUGAAACUUACGGUUCUAUGGAAAAAAGGGAGAAGGUAGAACUUAUUUUAGAACAAAUGCGCCUUUGCUUGGCAAAGCAAGACUAUAUAAGAACCCAAAUAAUUGCGAAAAAAAUUAAUAUAAAAUUUUUCGAAGACGAAGAACAACAAGAUUUAAAAUUUAAAUAUUACGGAUUGAUGAUUCGCUUAGAUCAAGAUUCAUCAUUUUUAAAAACAUCACGCCAUUAUCAAGCUGUAGUUGAUUCCAGCGUUAUAAGCGAAUCACCAGAUAGACGUCAAAGAAUGAUGCAGUAUGCUGUUUUAUAUUGCGUAUUGUCUCCAUACGACAAUGAACAACACGAUAUGAUGAUACAUUUAUCGAAAAAUAAAAUGCUUGAAGAAAUUUCAAUAUAUAAAGAAAUUUUGAUGCAAUUUAUGUGUAAAGAAUUGAUCAAUUUUGAAACAUUUAAUCAAAAAUAUGGUAAACAUUUGUUAGAAAACGAUAUUUUUGAUCAGAAAACGGAACAUGGGCAAAAAUGCUGGAAAGAACUAAAAAAUCGCACUAUAGAACACAAUAUUCAGAUAAUAUCAAAUUACUAUACAAACAUUUAUUUAAAAAGAAUGAGUGAAUUAUUAGAUUUACCAACAGUAUUGUGUGAAGAAUAUCUAUCGAAACUAGCAAAUUCAGGAACAAUUCGAGUAAAAAUUGAUCGACCAUCUGAAAUUGUUUAUUUUACGUCUAAAAAGGCAUCUUCUGACGUAUUAAAUGAUUGGGCACACGAUAUUAAUGAAUUGAUGAGUUUGGUAAAUAAAACUUGUCACUUAAUAAAUAAGGAAGAAUGCAUUAAUCAAGUGAAAGUAAAUUGAAAAUCUUAAGAAUUGAAUAUAAAUUUAUGUUUAAAUAACAAAUGUUGUCAUAAAUAUGAUUUUGUAAUAAAAAAAUAUUAUUCAAUGAACAAUCAUUUAGAAUC